AGCGCACAGGGGUGUGGGCGGAGGCGGCCCCGCCGCGCCCGCGCCUUCGGGAGUCGCUUUGCCUCUUCCACCCACUCGCACCUGCCACCGCGCGGAUACCAUGUCGAAGGCGGCCGGAGGCACAGCGGCGACGGCGGCGGCGGAAAGUUGUCCCCCAGCCUCUGCGGGCCCGUCCGCCGCCGCCGCCGUGGAGGACCUGUCCAAAGUGUCGGACGAGGAGCUGCUGCAGUGGAGCAAGGAGGAGCUGAUCCGUAGCCUGCGGCGCGCCGAGGCCGAGAAGGUGAGCGCGAUGCUGGACCACAGCAACCUCAUCCGCGAGGUGAACCGUCGCCUGCAGCUGCACCUCGGCGAGAUCCGCGGGCUCAAGGAUAUCAACCAGAAGCUCCAGGAGGACAACCAGGAGCUGAGAGACCUCUGCUGUUUCCUGGACGAUGACCGGCAGAAAGGCAAAAGGGUGUCCCGGGAGUGGCAGAGACUGGGCCGCUACACGGCUGGGGUGAUGCACAAGGAAGUGGCCUUAUACCUGCAGAAGCUGAAGGAGCUGGAGGUGAAGCAGGAGGAGGUGGUAAAGGAGAACAUGGAGCUCAAAGAGCUCUGCGUGCUGCUGGACGAGGAAAAGGGCGCGGGCUGCGCGGGCAGCCGCUGCUCCAUCGACAGCCAGGCCAGCCUGUGCCAGCUCACCGCCUCCACGGCGCCCUACGUGCGGGAUGUGGGCGACGGCAGCAGCACCUCCAGCACCGGCAGCACCGACAGCCCCGACCACCACAAGCAGCACGCGAGCAGCGGCAGCCCGGAGCACCUGCAGAAGCCCCGGGGCGAGGGCAGCCCAGAGCACUCCAAGCACAGGAGCACCAGCCCCGAGCAUCUCCAGAAACCCAGAGCCUCCGGCACCGCGGAUCACCCAAAAGCACUCAAAGGACCCAGCCCCGAGCACCACAAACCCUUGUGCAAGGGCAGCCCCGAACAGCAAAGGCACCCACACCCCGGGAGCAGCCCCGAGACGCUGCCCAAGCAUGUGCUGAGCGGGAGCCCGGAACACUUUCAGAAGCACAGGCCUGGGGGCAGCCCUGAACAUGCCAGGCACAGCGGAGGGAGCCCCGAGCAUCUUCAGAAACAUGCCCUCGGUGGGAGCCUGGAGCAUCUACCCAGACCCAGGGGCACCAGCCCCGAGCACCUCAAACAGCAUUAUGGGGGGAGCCCUGAUCACAAACAUGUGGGCGGAGGCAGCGGCGGAGGCAGCAGGGAGGGCACCCUCCGAAGGCAGGCGCAGGAGGACGUGUCACCCCAUCACCGGAGUGUCUACAGUGGCAUGAACGAAUCAACCUUGUCCUAUGUUAGGCAGCUGGAGGCAAGAGUAAGACAGCUGGAGGAAGAAAAUCGCAUGCUGCCCCAGGCCACCCAGAAUAGAAGGCAACCUCCAACUAGAAACAGCUCAAAUAUGGAGAAAGGCUGGGGGCCCAGAGCCCGGCGGGUCUUGCAGUGGUGGCAAGGGUGCCGAGGAAUAGGACGAUGCCUGCCCACUCUCCCGGGUUCUUUUAGGUUGUCAUCAGGGGCUGAUGGGAGUAACAGUCCACCCACCUCUCCAGCUAGCUUCAGUGGACAUACCACACCUUCUCAGCAGCCUGAACCUGUGGUACAUUCUCUUAAGGUCUUGGAUGUUCAGGAAACUAUAGAUCGUCAACAGGGUAAAGAGUAUGAAAAUGACCUUAGUGAGACAGAAAAAGCUAUAGUCAGAGAAAUGUGCAAUGUUGUAUGGAGGAAACUUGGAGAUGCUGCCGGUUCCUGUCCUGGAAUUAGGCAACAUUUGUCUGGAAACCAGUACAAAGGACCAAUGUGAAAGGCACUCUUUCAAACAGGAGGUCACCACUGCCAGAGAGAGAUAAAAGAAGAAAAAAGUGGGUUUCUGCACACCUGGACUCUUUGAAUAACAUGGAGUGAUUGUACAUUGCACAUAUUUUCCCUCUAACACCUUCAGUAUGCUGUAUGUCAUGUCUCUGGUUUCCAUGUCCACAGUAGCCCAUCUCGAGUUAAUUUAAAACAGCUUUGAAAAUCACCAUUUUGGUACCAAUAUUUUCAUUAGAGUUAAAAUGUUUUUGACUCCUAAGAUCUAAGAUUAGAAGAGUCCAGUAGGGCCUCAGUGGUUUUCAUAGAGUUGACUCAUUGCACAGAAUGGUGGGAGUUUUCUACCAUGGUAUGUUGAGGAAGAGGUGGCUUCCAGCUUUCCAAAUGUGAGAGUUGGGCACCUAUUUCUUGUAUUAUAGUAAAAAAAUUAUGAGUUCCUGAUGCAUAAUUAAUUUGGAUGUAAGGCAAGAUUAGAUUUCUGGGAUUCUGUUUUGACUUUUGAGGUGCUAAAACUACCCCAUAAAUUCUCUACCAGCCAGAAGGGUAGCAAGAUUUUUUUGUAGAGUGCUUAUCAGACAGUACCAUUUAUUUCAAGUGAUCAAGAUAAAUAUAGCUUUUCUUUUAAUCUUGCUAUAUUCAUGAAGACACAUCUUGGGGGCAUAUCUACUUCCAUAUUCAUUCAAUGUAGCCAUUGAUGUUAAUAUUAAUUCCAAUUAAAGAACAAGCAAACAUAAUUUUUCUAAGUGUUUCCAGCUGUGAGAUGUCAAUUUCUACAAUUUAGUUUCUAGAUCUGCUGUUAUAUUUAAUAAACUUUAUGUAAACUUUAAAAUAUUGCACUGCAUUUAUGAAAAAGCUUUCUUUGCCUAAAGCAGCUAACGUUUUAUGAAACUGACGCAUGUCUUUCAUUAUUGAGGCUAAAAGCUCUUGUUCAGAUUGCUUGAGCUUUGAAAAAGAGGUGUGCUAGCUUUGCUUAGUUUCUUAUUUUUGGUAUAUAUAUAUAUAUAUAAAAUAUUAGACUGUGUGUAUUGGAAAUGCUAUGAUAGGCAUUUUGUGUUUUUCAAAUGCAAUGAUAGUUUCUUGUAUGAAUGUGCAAGAGGCCUGUGACAGAAUGCUAAGUUUUUAUUGUAGUUUAAGAUUAUAAAAGUAGGAAUGCAACAAUUCCCAGUUUUUAGAGUUCUUCUCAAUUACUCAGAUUGGAUUCAUAGCAGAUAUUCAUCAUUGCUGUUGUUUUUAUAAUGGACUCAUUACAGUAUAUUAAUUGUCAUUGGUCAAGGAAUGUGAAGGUAUUUCGUUAUACUUUUUUAGAUGUUACUAUGAUGAAAAAACAGCCCUCUGUUUUCAGAAAAUAUUUAUGAAUUAAUUUACUAUAGAAUUAAUUUACUAUAGAAUUAUCUCUCUAAUUAUUGAAAUUGGGUUACCAGUUAAGCUUACCUUUCUUUUGAAAUGUUAUAUUAUUACUCUGUAAAAGAAAAUUGCUUGCUAUAUUUACACCUUCUCUCGUAGAAAAGCUUUCAUCCUUAAAUUGUUGUAUUCCUAUGCUCUGAAGACAUUUAAAACAAGUUCUUGUGCCUGCAGUAGAGACUGCAGAAGCUAAUACAAGGAACACUGGUCUUUUGACAAAAUACUUGUGUAAAUUUUGAUACUGUAUUAAAACUAUUUUUUUAAAGUCCUGCAUAAAAUCGAGUAUCACGUAUGUGUUCAUCUUAGCAAUGGUAAUAAAUUAUUUAAUCUCA